AAACUAAAACAGAAGAAGAAAAGGACAAAUUCGUAUGCAACUACAUCGCCACAUUUUGAACUCUCAGCAUAACUGAAAUUGGUCCAUAUUAUUGACGUAAUUAUUAUUCAGGAACCUCACACACAGCGACCAUCAGCAAUCUGCUCUGAAAGUAAUUUGUGGAAGCUGUGGCGUGAAAUGUGACUUAGAAUGGAAAGUCCCUCUUUUUGGUUUUGAGUUUGCGGACAGAUGAGCUAACGUACGCCUCUUAAGACAGGAACUUUUCAUCUGAGCUGGAUAUAAGAUACAUCGAGAAUGCGGGACCGGACCAAAGAACUGGGCAAUACUGCUGAUGUCUCGGAUGAAGAUAAAGAGACCACUCUCAUGAUAAAGCCUGGAUCUGGGAGCUCAGCAAAUGACAAUAAAGAAAAUGAAAACUUCUUUAAAAAGGUUCAGGAGAUUCGAGAGGGGCUUGAAACAAUUAAAAGGAAGGUGUCUGAACUGGAGAACAAACAGAAAACAGUGUUAGGAGUUGCACUUCCAGAGGAAAGUAUGAAAAAGGAACUGCAGUCCCUCAGAGAAGACAUCAAAGUCAUGACCAGCCAGAUCCAAAAGAAGUUAAAAAGCAUCGAACCUAAGAAAGCUGAAGGUGAAGAGAUAUAUAUUUCGGUAAAUGUUAGAAUGCGGAGAACCCAGCAUGGUGUUUUGUCCCGUGAAUUUCUGGAAGUGAUGGGCCACUGUAAUACAAUUCAAGCCCAAUACAGAGACAGAAAUGUGGAGAGGAUACACAGACAACUCAAAAUUACUGGUAACAAUGUGACAGAUAAGGAGCUGGAAUCAAUGCUUGAGAGUGGACAAACCGAUGUUUUCACACAAAAUAUUUUGAAUGAUGCUAAAGCUACCAGACAGGCUCUGAACGAGAUCGAGUCACGGCAUGAUGAGAUCAUCAAGCUAGAGAAAAGCAUUAAAGAGCUACAUGACAUGUUUCAGUACCUUGCAAUGGAGGUUGAAGCACAGGGUGAAAUGGUGGACAGGAUUGAGGAGAACAUAAAGAGUUCCCAUAAUUAUGUGGAAAAGGCUGUUGCUGACACAGCUGCUGCUGUAGUAACUUCCCAAAGCGUCCGCAAAAAAAAAAUAUGGAUUGCAUUAUGUCUUGCUAUUUUGCUUGUAAUAAUAGCCAUUAUUGUGGCUGUCAGUUUCAGUUGAGGUAAGUUUCAUGAAUUAUAUUGAAUUUGAAUGCCCAAAUGUAUGCAAGCUAUUUAAAGG